CUCCCUUCUCCUUCCCGCCAUCCCGUUAUCAUUAUAUGCUUUCCUGUAGCACCCCGCGCGAGGUAAAAGCUGUAACCUGGAUCACCUCUAUAUAAACGACGCUCUAUACAAGUCAAGGGUCCCAGUUCAAUGGCGUCUCAGAGUCACAAUCCAGGCACCUCGGAACAUGACACGGUCGAUAUAAACAUCGACGUUGAAGCUGUUCCAUUUCCGUCUUUCACUAGUAGAGUGACAGAAUCAGCACAAUCUCCUGUCUCCGAUUCUUCAGGAGCACUUACAUCCUCUGAUAAACUUUCGGCGCUACCGCAGACGAUCACUAGUCAGAGUAUCAAUCGCGUAGGAAGGUCACCACAAAUUCAACAAUCGCCUCGUAUGUUCCGGAAUAGUAUGGAUGGGUCAAGGUCAUGGCCGCAUAUAGCUUCGGAAACUGGAUGGAACACCUUCAAUACUACUGGGCGUGUUUCUCGACACAGCAUGUCAGAAGGAUCUGUAGAGAGAGGUGGGAGAGGUCGAACUUCUUUGGACAGCGACCGGGGCUCGAUUUCAGGUGUGAAUAGCGUCAAACGAGCCUUCAGGAAAUUGAGUCACACGAGCGACCCAUCACCUGCUAACGCGCCAUCUGCUAUACUACCAGAGUAUAGAAAGGACGGCGACGGCUCGUCAGCUCACUCGAGAUCCCGUGCAGUGUCGCCCAUCCGCUUCCUUCAACAAUGGUCUGCUAAUAUCUCUCGCAGUCAUAUUCUUGGGGGUAAUCAGGACCGGGAAGAGCCUUUCAUCCCAGUGGACCCAUUCCAUUCUUUCGUUCCUGCAUUUUUAUCGUCGCUAUUUUCCUCGCAGCAAGGGCCAGAAGGGAAAAGCGGUCGUCCUGAUGGCCUUCCUUCUGAUAUAGAAGCCCAAACGUCAUCACCAGGGCCCUCCGGAUUCUGUCAUACAAACAGGAUGUCCGACAGGCAAGUGAGGACCACUUAUAUCUUUAUCACGGUCUGGCUUCCUCGCAUUGUCUACAUCUAUCUACUCUUGCGACUUCCCCCCAUGUAUUUCUCGCGCGUUGCCAGGAUUUUCGAGGACGCAGAAGUCAGCAAACCAGAUAUUCAAAGACUGGUAGAGGGGUGUUUUGGCGGUGCGAACGCAUACCAGGAUGAUCCUGUCGAUACUCGGAACCGCGGCGCGUCGUCAGGACAAGAUGUUCAAACACCCCAAGUCACUCCUGCUCUGGCAAAAUUCAAACAUACAUGGGAGGACUUCAUUGAUUCACUGUUGAGGGAAUGGAAGACAUUGAACGUUGUGUCUGCUCUGCUUUUGUCUGCCAUCCUUACCCUGUUUCAAAUACCUAACGCGGCCACGGAUCCGGUCACGAGAACGGCCGCCUUGCUUUCGCUGAUUUGUGCUAUCAUGAGUUUGUCUUACGGAUGUAUGUAUAUUGUACGAUUCGGGUCGAUGAGAAGUAUGUUUAGGGCUUCUAGAUGGGCUGAGGAAGCGCAGAGGUCCAAAACGUUUCUUUUAUGGAAUGUUUGGGUGAUGUUAGCAAUGCCUGCAGUGUGGAUGUCAUGGUCAAUGAUCUUAUUUAUUGUCUCUAUUCUAUCUUUCGUCUGGCGAACUGGCGAAGUCGAUGAUCCAGAUGAACGAGCAGGUUUAAGUUCCACAGCCAUCUUGGGUCCAAGGAUUGCGAUUACAGGCGUGUUUUUCAUUGGGAUGCUGUAUUUCUUCGCCAUCGUCAGAACUUUGCAGAGCUAUGGCCAAGUAGGACCGCUCGAGGAGCGGAAAGGUUCUCGGUUCUAUGUUCGAAGUGCUGCCGCCGCUGUAAAUGAUGGAGAGAGAAGGGGAAGAGAACCCGAAAGGUUUUCUAGAGAGUCUGGGAGGAGUGGAAGGGGUAGACAUCUUGACGAGCGACCACGCGAAGCGAUUCAGGGAAGAGGAGACAGUACUAAGAAGGAAGAUGGAGAGGACGAGCGGAAUGAAGAGUUGAAAGUGAAUUCCACUCCCAAAGCAACGCCUGUUGGGCUAGGUCUUUCUGGUAUCGGAAGUAUCAGUGCUGCGAUAUCGACGAUGGACCCGGCAGAAAAGGAGAUGGAAACCAAAGCCCCACAUUCAUAAUUCCCGCGUAUUGUUAUUGUUAUCGUAAUAAAGCAACCAUGAAA